UAAUCUUAAUAAUAAUUUACGAUGUAUAUUUUACAGCAUAAUGUUAUAGCUUUCUGCAGAACCAACUGCACACAUAGAAUUAAUAUGGAUUCAAAAUUGUUUUUAUUUUUAAUCGCAAUAUCACCAUCUCUUGCCGUAAAUGUGUCAAUUGAAGGAACCUUGAAUCUCGGAAAAGAGUUUCUAGACAAUCUGGCAGAACGAGUGGUCAACUCUGUGGGAAGUUCUAGAAGAAGUAUGUUGCCCGCGCAAGAAGAUAAAAUUACUUCAAUGAUCCGACACUCCUUAUUUAAAGCAACGAGCGACUGCGAAAAUUGCUCCUUGUAUAAAUUUAUAGAGGAGUACCUUAUAGUUAUUACAAAGACAAUGAGAAGGGUACUAAAUAAAUCUCUAGGGUCACAAUUCAUAGAUGAAGACUAUCGAAAUCAAGUGCAGGAAUAUGUUGAAUAUAUCAAGGAGGUACUGCUCGAUAGCACAGAUGAAAAUAAGCCCUCGUAUUGGAUAGUCACAAUCAAGAUAAUUAAUUCGAAGUUUCAACAGCUGAUUUUGGUUUACGCUGAAGAUGACGAUAAGGAUCUUCGUCACAAAUUAGUGCUAGCUACAGUCAUAUUGGAGAACAACUAUUUAAAUACUCUAUGUGUGGAACACGGUGUGUGUUCGACUAAAAAUAAGCUCUCAUCUGCUUUACUGAGUAUACUUUCAGAGCUGACGAAGGCUCCAUACCGGAAAAUGAAGUCUUUCCUAAGAUCUCUCUACGAAGCUGUGUUCGAAACGAAAUUUUACUCCCUCAUGAGUGACGAUUUCGCUCACCACUUGCAGGUCCAGUUCUAUGAGUUCGUCGAGACUCCGCAAAGAAGAAUUCUGAUGGACUUCCAGAAAAUUCUGGAGGACCACCUGAACGGUAGCGUGGUGGAACACACGCCGCGACACGUCGACCUCAUACGCGCCAUUUUGUCGGACUUAGACAUCAUUUACGUGGUCCAAUCGUCGGUGCCUUUCACGGAGUUUCUAGAAAGUUUCUACGUUUUCCUCAAGAGUGAUGUGCAACUGAACAUGCCCAAAAUAUUGUUGGAAAUCCAGAAAGUGAUAUCGGCACUCGCGACUGACUUCUUCAAUAAACUGUACAAUCAAGUGCAGGUCCUUCUGGAUAUUUUUCUCAGUAAAGUGCCGUGGGUUAAAAAGGAAUUUGUACCAAUGUAAGGAGGGAAUAUACAAGCGAUUUUAGAGGC